UGGAACGGCCUUUCCUUUUCAAUGUGCACACGGAAGGUUGGCCUUUCCCUUAUCCCUUUGACUCGUCUGAGCUUGGAGUCUGGCGGACGCGUGCCCCCGAGAAUAGAAUGGGACAAACUCUCGUUGUGAAGCCGUUUUAUGGUGUCAUUUCACUGCCCUUGUGGGUUGUGACCACACUUUCGGCACCUUCAUUGGAGUCAUAGUGACUCUUCUUACUACUUUGUUGCUCCGGUUACCUGUCAUGGUGUCGGUCACGUGUAUGUGUAGGUCGCGUGACGUCGAUAUAGCAAGUCGGACCCAGCCGAGGGCCCGACGUCAUUACCGCGCGAGGAGUAUAUAACCUGAGACUUACGGAGUGCAGAUAGUAUCCAUUCCCCAUCAACCAACAUCGAACACCAUCCAUCAGCUAGUCCAACGCAUAAACAAUCAUAUACUCAUUUUAUUCUUUAACAUAUCCAUUAACCCAUCUCAUCCUCAAUCACCAUGGUCAAGAACGUUGCCAAAGUCGUCUACAAGCCUGAUUCUCAAUCAACAGAUGAGUUCAUCGCUGUUGUUAACCCAGAAGAGUUCAAGAAGUGGAAAGAUGGAGACAGUUCAAUCCCCCUUGCAAGUGUCGUAGAUUCAUUCGAAAUAUUCCAUUCUGGGCAAGGAUCGCAAGGUCUGCUUGGUAGACCUUCGAAGCAACAACUUGAGACCGUCUUUGGUACAUCCAAAGAUGUCGAUGUCAUGACUAUCGUUCUGCAGAAAGGAAGGGAGCAGGCGGGUGAGGGCUUUUCGGGCGGCACGUUCAGUAGCGCGAAAGGUUCUAUGUUAGACACGAGGGGAAAGGGAUUGACAGGUAUCCGAGGUUGAAUUAGUAAUUGUCUGUUCGAGGACGUAUUCGAUGAAGUAACUCAAAUAUUGUAAUGUAACGUAUCCGCUUGCAUCUUUCUGGGACUAUCAAGGCUUGCGCAGCGAGUUUGUUCUGUACACAUACCAGCAUAUAAAGAAUGGUCAAUAUUAUGGUGUUCAUGUACGCUGAGCCGUGUCUUCAAA